UUGGUCCGUCUUCGGGAGGAGAGGGGAUCAAUCGAGCUCCGCCAGAGGCAGGAAGGAUGGUGCGGGGGAAGACGGAGAUGAAGCGGAUAGAGAACGCGACGAGCCGGCAGGUGACCUUCUCCAAGCGCAGGAACGGGCUGCUCAAGAAGGCCUUCGAGCUCUCCGUGCUCUGCGACGUCGAGGUCGCCCUCGCCGUCUUCUCCCCCCGCGGCAGGCUCUACGAGUUCUCCAGCGCCACCAGGUAA